AUGGGAAACAGCUGCUACAUGGUGGUAACUGUGCUGCUGGUGGUGGGCACCAAAAGGACGAGAGCCCUUCAGGAUUCCUGUGACAAGUGUGAGGCCGGUACCUUCUGCAAGAAAGACAAUCCAGUUUGCUCCAGCUGUCCUCCAAGCACUUACUCCAGCAGGGGUGGACAGCCAUACUGCAACAUCUGCAAAGUGUGUGUAGGUUAUUUCAGGUUCAAGAAGCCUUGCUCCCCGACCAGUGAUGCAGAGUGUGAAUGCACCGAGGGACUCCACUGCUUGGGGCCAAAGUGUGCCAGGUGUGAAAAGGACUGCAAGCCAGGCCAGCAGUUAACAGAGCAGGGUUGUGAAAACUGUGGCUUCGGGACAUUUAAUGAUCAGAACGGUGGUGGCAGCUGUCAACCCUGGACAAACUGCUCUCUAGUUGGAAAGUCUGUGCUUGAGAACGGGACCAAGGAGAAAGACGUGGUCUGUGGGCCCGCUUUGGCCAGCCUCUCUCCAGGUAAAAGUCAGGUGGUUGUUCUAUUGCUAUUAAGUAAAAAAGGAGGGUCCCCCUUGCAGGCCCUCACCGUGUUCCUGGCGCUGACAUCAGCCAUACUGCUGUUCCUGAUCUUCAUCAUUCUCGGGCUCUUGGUGGCCAGAUGGAGUGGCAAGCAAUUCCCCUAUAUAUUCAAGCAACCAUUUAAGAUGGCCGUUCGAACAGCUCAAGAGGAAGAUGCAUGUAGUUGCCGAUUUCCAGAGGAAGAAGAAGGAGGAAGCUAUGAGAUGUGA